AGUUAUUAGCCUCACGCAGCAAGAAGAUGUCCCGGAGAUACGAUGGCCGCACGACGACCUUCUCGCCCGAAGGCCGUCUCUUCCAGGUCGAGUACGCCAUGGAGGCGAUCAACAACGCGGGCUCUGCGGUCGGUAUCCUGGCCAAGGAUGGCAUUGUGAUCGCGGCGGAGAAGAAGACCGUCUCGGCCCUGCUGGCGCCCGUCAAGAGCAGUGAGAAGACGAUGAAGCUCGACGACCACAUCAUCUGCGCCGUGGCAGGCUUGACGUCGGAUGCCAACAUUUUGGUCAACUACGCCCGCGUGUCGGCCCAGCGCUACGAGCUCUCGUACCAGGAGAAGCAGCCGUGCGAGCAAUUGGUCCAGACCAUCUGCAACUACAAGCAGGCGUACACGCAGUUUGGUGGCCAGCGCCCCUUUGGCGUCUCCUUCCUCUAUGCUGGCUGGGACCGCCACUUUGGCUUCCAAUUGUAUCACAGUGACCCGAGCGGCAACUAUGGGGGCUGGAAGGCGACGGCGAUUGGUGCCAACAACCGCGCCGCCAAGAGCAUGUUGAAGAACGACUACAAGGAAGAUAUGACGAUCGAAGAGGCGCUCAAGUUCUCGGUCAAGGUCAUGGGCAAGACCAUGGACACGACGACGCCGACGGCCGAGAAGCUCGAGUUCUCGACGCUGACGCGGUCGGCCAACGGCAAGCUGGUUCACCGUCUCUUGUCGGCCGCGGAAACGGAGCAGUUGCUCAAGGAAGCGGACCUCCAGGCGGCGGAGUCGGGCGACAUGUAAGCACUCAGUGUGCAGUGCUGCGCAGCGCCACGGUUUCUAGCGCAGCGCUUUGCCUUUGUUGAGCCCAUUGAUAAUACAUUCGAUUCCGUCCAUGUG